CAGACAUGUGCAAUAAUCUCCACAGUAGCAUAAACCUACAUGAGCACAGCUACACCACUAUUCCACAAAAUAAAGGCAGCUUCUGAGGUUUAACUCUGCCCUGAGCACAGCUUGGCCAUGGGGGAGGCUGUCUGGGCAAAAUCCUGUUUCCUUGUGCCCCUGUGGAAAGAGGAAACCACUUUCACCUUCCUUGUUAAGAGCAAGGGCUGCUGCUUCUACCUGCAGGGUACAAGAACAUCCAAACAGAAGCUGGAUAUACUUCUUUGGCCAAAGUGUGACCUGGAGGGAAAAGGUUGCAAUCAACAGAAUCUGGCACAUCAACCAUGGGCAAUAAGGUACUGGAUCCCUCUUUCUGCAAUGCCUAAAGAAGUAGUUAUGCUGAUGUUUCUAGGGGUUAUUUUAGCAUAGACUGCCUGUGGAGUUCUGAAAACCCCUUAGUGAGAUUCUGGACACUUUGAAUAUGAUUAAAGGGACCUCUGAAGAACACAACAUGUGUAUAACACGACAUGACAUAAAAGGCAGCUGAGGCAAAAGGUGCAAAACCUAUUGGGAAGGGCAAGAGUUAAAUUCAGAUUUAACACCCCUCCUAUGUUUGGUGUCACUUGCCCUUACUUCCUGGUGAGGUAAUUUACAAGGACUCUGAAAACACAGGCAACAAGGAAGGCACAAAAAUUUAACUAUGGCAACAGAUCCACUGAGAAUGAACAAUGGGAUAAUGGUCUUUAUUCCUCCAAAUGGAGAUAAUGUAAUCCCAGCAGGCCAAGGUAUCCCCGCCACUGUAAUCUCAGCACCAGGCACAGUACAAUAUCCUCAAUUUGCAAACCAACCACUUAGAAGCAACCAGUUCCAGCAAAAUCGCCCACUGGGAACAUUGGAGAAAUUCCUAAAAGUUGAGGCCAAGACUCUGGCAGCUAUCCAGAUUGUGAUUGGAUUCAUCCACAUUGGCUUUGGGGCUGUCUCAUCUAUUGUUGCUUAUCCGUAUACCAACAUAUCUACUUUUGGAGGUUAUCCAUUCUGGGGAGGAUUGUUUUUCAUUGCUUCUGGAGCCAUUUCUGUGUAUACUGAGAAGAAAUUUAAUAAGACUUUGGUAAAGUGUAAUAUGGGAAUGAAUCUUACCAGCGCUAUCAUGGCAUCAAUUGGAAUGGUUCUGUUUAUAGUUCAGCUGACUGUAAAUUCUAAUGAUUAUUAUGGUCAAGAUCGUUUACAUGCUGUAGGUACUGGUCUCUGUGUCAUGCUCUUCCUGUUUACCUUGCUGGAGUUCUGCAUUGCUGCUUCAGAAGCACAUCUCAGAUGUGAGGAAACCUAUCAUAACUGUGAUAUGACGAUGGCUUUUAUGCCCUACUCUAUAAUUGAGAAUGUGACUCCCACUCCACCAGCAUAUGAUCAGGUGGUACGUCCUCCCAAUGGAGAGAUUCCAAAUGGAGAAGCUUCAUAAACUACACAGGAGAGGAAUGAAGGCUACCCCUGCAAACAACCACAUCAAUUUAGAGCUCAGGACUAAACUACAGUGUCUGCCACAUUAAAUACAGUGUGUACAGCCUAAACUCUUGUUGUUUUCCUUUUUUGCUUUCAAGUUAGAAGUGAAUGUGUUCAUAGUCUAAUUAUAAAUUACAUUUGAUGCACAAGGUUAAUUUAGGUUGAGUGUGUGUGCUCUAUGUUUAACAUUGUUAGGAGCCAGCAUGAUGGAUUGGUUUGAGAGGUGGAGGAGGACACUGGGAGAUCAGGGUUCAAAUCUCCACUUGGCAAUUGAAACCUACCAGAUAACCUUGGACAUGUCACAUUCUCUCAAGCUCAGAGGAAUGAUAAAUCCUCUCUGAAUUCUGUAAAGUUCACUUUAGGGUCACCACUUGAAGACACAUAACAAUAACUUUAAAUCCAUAUCUCAAUCUCUGUUUCAGAUGUAUGAAUAUUUAUACUUUGUACCCUGCUGUUCUUGUUGUUGUGUUUGCGACUUAUGGCAGUCCUCAGGCCAGUCUAUCGCAGGGUCUCCUAGAGCUGAGUGUGUGAGAGACUUGUCCAGCACCAACAAAUCAGGUUAUCAUGGCUGAACAGGGAUUCAAACCCUGAUCUCUAGGAUUGUAGGCCAACACUCAAAUCACUACAUCACUUUAGCUCUAAUAGUAUCCAAAUAUGAUAGAUUUGGAGCAAUUAGUUAAUUCAGCUAAUCACUUCUUGAUAUGAACUUAGAUUAUUAUCACAAGAAAACGUAAUAUUGAUCAGUUCAUUCUAUCCCUAUUUUGAUACAUCUCCAAUAGUUUCUUCUGAAUACUUUUUUGUUAUAUGUAAAAAUGAUGUAUGUUUUGCUGAUGUUCUUCAUUAAAAGACUUCUUAUAGAUGCUGCUCAAUAAAUAACAGGUUGCCUUCA